UUUAAAAGAUACUUAUGUUAAGGUAAUAAGAUGAAAGUUAGUACUAUUUGCUUCAAUGUCCUGAUUAUCUUUGGAUACUUCAGCUGCAUUGUUUGUGAUAUGAAUUAUGAUUAUUACUGGAGGGAUUAUACAGGUGAAAUACCAAGUGACGCUGUGGAGGGUGGAUAUGAUAUAAACAGAAAGACAACAUAUAUUGGCCAAGUUUAUGUAAAACAUUAUGGAAUUAUUCCAGUUACAAUAUAUCCCGGGAAAACGUCGGUCACGGCAAAUAUUUGGGGGUUACAUCAUCUAGAUAGUUACAUAAAGAUAUUGUGCAGCCCAUACAAAGAUAAUUUCAAAUGGGUUCCAGCUAAUGCAAGAACUCUUCAUGUUCAGAUGAUUAACAAACAUUUGGUACGAGGUGGUGUGGAGUAUGGCUUAUUAACCAAUAUUGGUAGAAUAUCGUACCAAGGAGAGUUAUUGGUCGCCAAAGUUUGUUCAUUCAGUGUGGGAAAUGCCAAAUUGUUUUAUCCUGCUGGUAACAGAGAAAAAAGUACCGAUUCUUACGAAGUUUUAAUUUAUGAUGUUAAAAACAAUUCAGAUACAGGUUUCCAUGUUAUCGCUCAGUAAUUUAUAUAUUCUAUUAUAAAUGAAUGUGAAUAUAAAUCUCAUACUACACUGU